AAGUUAGGUUAGUUGCAUUUUUGCAUUUUGCAAACAUGUCGAAUUCACAUUUGUAUAUGAAAUCGGGCUAUUUAAGUGCUCAUUUAGGCAAUGGAAUUACUCGUUAUGUUUGUCAAUUAAAAAGAGUUACUCUAAAGUUUUGUAAAAAUCAUGGAUGUAGUCGCGGCUUGCGUGAUUUUAUAGAACAUGAUUUAAUUGAUUAUGCAAGAAGUAAUACAGGAACUGUCGUUUAUCUAAAACCCAGGAGACAUCGUUCUCCUAUUAUAGUUGCAGAAUAUCUCGAUGGAAGUAAACACUGGAUUGCUUGUAAUAAUUUUCAACGAGAAGAAGUUAUAAAGUGGAUGGAACUUUUGAAAACACAAGCACGCGAUGGUACGGCAAAAAGAUUACGAAGACUUUGGCACACGGAUUUUCCUUCGAUUCAAGGACCUUGGACUCCAUUCACCUUUAAAGAUCCUGCUUUAAAUUUGUCCGAAUAUCCUGAUACUGAAUUGGGGGCAGCUGUAAAACUCGAGGAGACAGCAACAGAGAAACUUAUCGAAUUAUUCAAAGCUCAAAAAUUAUCCGAGCAAUCAAAAAAUAAUGAUCCUAAUGCGUAGAUUUUAAUUUAGAAGACUUUAUAAGAAAAAUUUUGUUAAAUAAAAAACUAAAACAUUUUAGAAACUAUA